AUGGUGAAUCUCGGAUAUUUGCUCUUCUCAUUACUCUUAUCGGUCGCAGCUGCUCAUUCUCAGCCUGGCAAAGGCAGAUGCCGUUGCGUGUAUGGCGACGAUUGCUGGCCUUCGAGCGAUGCUUUCGACGCUCUGGCUGAUCGUCUCUCCCAGCCGUUGCUACGUCCCUUACCUCCACCAUCGCCUUGCUACUCAUGGAUCCCAGAAGACGGAGAUGCAUGCAAUGAAGUCAAACAACAGAACUUCAACGCUACGUGGCGCUCGGACCAUCCAGGCGCGAUGCAGAACGUGAACUUCGAGGCCUAUAUAUUUUCCAACGGAACCAUCGACGCCUGCCCACUCAACGGCACCCCGGGUAUGGUCUGUGGUCAAGGUUCUGUCCCCCCGAUCGGCGUGGACGCUCGAAACCCAGAAGACAUUCAAGCUGCCAUCGAGUUCGCGAACGAGCAUUACCUUCGCAUUGUCGUCAAGAACACCGGUCACGAUUAUCUUGGGCGCAGUGCUGCCAGAGGAGCGUUCCUCAUCUGGACUCACCAUAUGAAAGAGAUCGAGUACCACGAUGCCUUUGUUCCGUCUGGAUCACCGAACAGCACGGAACAGUAUCAAGCGAUCACCCUGGGAGCAGGCGUGCAAUGGGCCGAAGCUUAUCAAGCUGUGAAUGAAGCUGGGCGAACCCUGGUUGGUGGAAUCUCAAUCGGUGGAAGCGUUGGUGCAGCAGGAGGCUGGGUGAUGGGUGGCGGACACAGUGCUUUAUCACCAACCUACGGACUAGGUGUCGACAACGUCCUUGAAUUCGGGGUCGUCACCGCGGAAGGGAGCCACGUCAUCGCCAAUGCCUACCAGAAUCCAUCCUUAUUCUGGGCUUUGAGAGGCGGAGGCGGAGGGACCUACGGUAUUGUUACCUCUGCGACCUACAAGACCCAUCCCAUUAGCCCAGUGGUCACCGCCUACUUACAGAUGAAUAUCACGUCUCCAGAAAUCGCACAGGAAGUCAUCACUGAAUACGUCCGUCUCCAUCCUACCCUAACGGACCAAGGCUGGGGAGGGUACUCUCAAGUCCUGCCCAACCACCUUUUCUUCAUCUACCUCUCUCCCAACAAGUCAGUGGACGACGGCAACGCGGCAUUCAACACCUUCUUCGAGCUAGCUCGGGAGCGUAGUAACGGUACGGCGCUGGCUGGCGUGGUCCCUUACGACUCAUUCUGGAGCUGGUUCUCGUCCUCAUUUGAAGAAAAUGCGGGUAGCCAGGUUGGAGGCCGCCCCGAGAUUUCGUCAAGGCUCCUUUCGAGGGAGGCCGUGGAGAACGAUCCCGAGAUGGUUGCGCGCCUCAUGCUCAGCGUCCCUAAUGGGAGUGGCGUCCCCUGGAACAUUGUUGCCGGUGGUGCUGUGUCGCAAGUUGACCCUGAAAGCACAGGCUUGAACCCUGCGUGGAGGCAAGCGGUCGCCCAAAUCUACGUUGGGGAGGGCUGGGGAGAUGGUUACAACCUGGAAGAAAUCGAACGCGCUAGGGAAAGGCUCAAGAAUGGUACCGACAUCUUAGACCCGAUCAGCGUAGACUCGGCUGCGUAUCUCAAUGAGGCGAUGUUGUGGGAAGAGGAUUUCAAGAAGAGCUUCUUUGGGUCCCAUUACGAUAGGCUCAAGGCGAUCAAGGUUGAGUAUGACCCCGACAGUUUGUUCUUGGUACCUCUUGGUGUUGGCUCCGAAGAUUGGGACAAGGACCUCGUCUGCCAGCUUGACUAGGCUAUACCAUAGAUUCUGCCUGUGCUGUACUCGUACACCUGCCCGCUAUGCCAGUUUCAUUUGAA